AUGUCGCUCGCAUCUUGCCCCGUUUCUGGCUCUGCAGGCGGACAAUGUCCCGUCAGCGGAACCUCACGCGCAGGUCAAAUGCGUCGCGGAUGCGCAUUCUCUGGCAUGGCCCAGCCUGGGGACAUCCACGCCGCAUUUGAUAUUCCCCGUGGUGUUGAUGCUGAAGAUUGGCUUCGCACAAGAGAGCAAAAGUCAAUCAACGAACUCCUCUACACCAGCUACCCAUCCCGAAAAGAAGUCGACGGGGUCAAGACCCAGCAGGAACUCGACAACAUGAACGCCGACGACCACCAUCUUCUCGCUGUUGCCCUUGGAGCCCCAGCACGGCAAGUAAUGCGACGUGCAGAGGAGAUUGGUCCUCAGACUGGAUGGCGCGAUGGAUAUCUCAGCGUCGAACACGGCUUCUGUCCUCCUGACUACGAGGAACCCGUUAGUGCUCUUGCGAGGUCGCCAGGAAGGAUAUGGUCGGAUCUGUGCGAGCGCAUGCCGGGAUGUUGUGCUCGAGGAAGAGUGAGGGAGGCGGUUGCUGCGUUGCCCCUAGUCGAGGGUACCGAGGAGUUUAUUCCUGACCAAGCUCUUUGGGCUGCGGUUGUGGCCCUCGGUAUGCUCUGCUCCAUCUACCGAUUCGAAGACAAGCAUGACGGAAAAGAUGGAGUUGCAAUUCAAACCAGCACAUCAACCAGACCCCAAUGUCCCAUGGGCGAUGAUCUCUGCGAGGAACUUGUGGGUAUUCCUCUCUGCAUCGCUCUUCCAUACUUCCAGAUUUCUCGAAGGAUGGGCAGAAUCUUGCCCCAUCUCUCGUUUCCCGAUCAGGCUUCAUACAACCUCAAGAUUCGGGACCCCAAGUCCAACUAUCCGUAUCUUGCGAGAUUCGAGAACACGGACCUCAGAUGGCCAAUGUUUGGGGAGAGGGCCGAGGUGGCGUUUCUCAAGGGAUGCGCCGACACAUCUGCGUCGUUUCAACAUGGCCCAGAUGCGAUUGCCGCUUGUCAAGAGCACGUCAUGACCGGCAACGUCGAGGGCCUACUCCACGAGAUGAUCCGUCUCAAGGAGAUUCUUGAGCGGAUGCCCAACGCCUUUCACAGCAUCUCACCAAAUCCCAAUGCUGGAGACAACUACGUCUCUGCUGAUCGAUGGGUCAGAUGGGGACUCUUUUCCGCGCCCUUGUCGAGGCGAUGCCCAGCAGCAUCUGGUCUGCAGUUCCCUCCAUACCUGAUGAUGGAUGCAUUCUUGGGCCGAAAGACACACACCUCCUUCCUUGGCGUCGAGGCCGUCCAUCUCAGAGCAUGGCUCCCCUCCAACCACCGCGCCUUCAUAGCCGCCAUCCAAUACCACUACUCCAUCCCUGAGUUCGUCCAAAGAUCUGGCGACCCCCGCCUUAUGGGUGUCCUGGAAGGCAUCGUCGAAGCCUAUGCCGGCGAACGCGGCUUCAUGGGAGUCCACAGAUACAAAGUCUUUGGCAUCCUCGAAAUCGCAGGCAAAACAGGACGCACGGCGACAAACGGCCUUUCGGGGGCUGCUGAUGCAACGAGACCUUGGGAGGAGACGCAUCGACAGUUUUCGGAGGCUAUGAAAGAGAGACUUGAGCCUUUUCGGGGAAAGCUUGAUAUUGAGCCUCAUUCUAUGCGUGGCACUUUUCAGGAGUGUCGGUAUGUGGCCAAAGUGGCUGGUUGCUCUGCCAUCGACAAGGAUCCGAGCCGUUCAACCGCCCUGGUCACUCUUGAUAUCAGAGACACUGGUAUCACUUUUGCGCCUGGAGAUCGUGUCGCUGUGAUGCCUCUCAACAGCUGGGAGGAAUGUGCAAAGAUGGUGGCGGCACUUGGACUUGAUCAAUACCUCGAGAAGCCAGUCGACACUACCGGCAUGUGGUCGCGCUUCGAGCAACAUUUGUCUUCUGUGAAGAGAAGUGCCCACAGACAACUGACCGUCAUCGAUAUUCUUCGACGUGGUCACCUCGCUCCCAUCACCAAAGAGCUUGCUGUCAAGGUGCAUGAACUUCUGCAUGCCUCGUCCAACACGGUGCUGCAAGUUCUCGCGACUGAAGAGUGGCCUGUUGGUGGCUCCUUGGGCGACCUCCUCCAGAAAGCCAUCACAGAUACGCCGCCCCAAAUCUGGGACAAAGCCUUCAGUCUCGACAACCUGGACUGGCUGCCUGAGCUGGUGCAGCUCGAAGUUCCUCGCACCUACUCCAUUUCCAGCCACACCAACGAGUUGCUCCCAAACACAGUCGACUUGACCAUUUCUCGCGCUGAGUACAAGUUGUGCUCCAUGUUUUCUCAAGGACAGCACAUUAAUCGGGCUGGUGUGUCGAGCGGCUUCUUCAAUCCUCACCCGUCAUCAGCUGAGAGUUCGAUCUUGUCAGACGAUGUCUUGCUUGGUGUCUCUAGGCCGGUUGCCUUCCAGCUACCCAUCGAUCACAUGGCUCCCUGCGCAUUCUUCGCCGGAGGCAGCGGUAUCGCACCCUUCCGAAGUUUCUGGCAGCACAGGCUUCAAACAUCAGGGUUGUCCGGAGGCCGCAAUCUGCUGUACCUCGGAGUUCAAUCUCGUGAGAGAUUCUGCUACGAGAGUGAGCUUCGGAAGUUGGUCAACAUGGGAUUUAUGGAGGUACAUCUUGCCUUUUCGCGUGAUCCCCGUGGUCUGGCAUAUGACGAUGUACUUCAGGAUCUCGUUGAAAAGGAGACACCGCCUCGUUACAUUGACUCCUUGAUCAUCGAACAGGGAGCCACGGUUUGCGAUAUGGUCAUGUCUAAGAAGCAAGGCGGCCUUGGAGGUUACCUCUACGUCUGUGGCUCAGUUUCGGUGUUUGACUCCGUCAUGAGCGGCAUUCGCAAGGCCAUGUACACGUACCGCACAGCAACUAUGGAAACAGUGGACCUCAUCAUCAACAAGGCCUUUGCAGAGCGUCGCUUCAUGCUGGACGUCUUUAUGUCACCCAAGGCCCUUCCCUGCAACCUUCCCACCAUCUCUCUCUCCAACCUUGCUCUUCACACCGGCCAUCGCCCAGGAUCUCGGAUGUGGAUUGCUGUGCAUGGAAGCGUCUACGAUGUCACCGACUUCUGUCCUAUGCACCCCGGAGGAACUCUCAUCAUCAAGUCUAAUGCCGGUGUUGACUGCACCAAGUCGUUCGACAAUCUCGCGCACACCAACAACCCUGAGGUAUCGAGUCUUCUGACAAGGUACUUUAUCGGUCACUUGUCUCCCAAGCCCGAUUAUCACGGAGACACGGAGCUGUCGACCCUCCAUGAUCUUUGGUCAGCUUACCUACGAGUGACCGUCGAGACCCUCGUGGCCCAUCAAUUCGAGAUGCACGAGAUUAUGGGGGCUUCUAUCGACUCGCCAUCUGCCCACGACCCCAACGGAAUCACCAACAUCUGGCUUCGCGAAGGUCUCCCCAACAUCAUUGCUCUCCGGACCUUUUACGGCUACCAAAGCCGCCUCUUGCAGGGCGGCUUCGCAGCUCUCUUCGGCCCCAAGCUGGAAGAGCUAGUCCUCCGCCUCUCUUUCAGCUUUGCCAGUGCCGGCGGACCAGGAGCGGCAUAUAAGUUACCCGAUAUUCUUGGAACAAUUGCCCGAGCCAAGACAAGUCAAGACGCAGCUCACAGCACGAAAGAGAUCAGCGCACUAGGAGACUUCAUCUGUGAUCCCAGUUCUGAGUUGCGUUUCCAGGAGCGGGGAGUCUUUUCCUACGCCACAAAGAGCGUACAACUUGACAUUGAGCUUUUGGAGAAUCUCCGACAAGAAGCUUGUAACGGGAUGGAUGCUUUUGAGAGCAUUGCUUCGGUCCUUGACUCGCCUGGCAAGUUUGAUGCUGAUUCCACUCCUAUCGCUGCUUUGUCUGCCUUCCUCCUGCAGACUCUUGAGAGAAUGGCGCAUCGCUUGUCCAUGUUCUAUGCCCAGUUGGCUCGUCUCUCAGUUUAUCAGCCUGAGCUGGAGCAUAACCCUGCACGCACCCGAUGGGCUUCUGUUCGACGAUGCAUCCGCGAUGGCACCUUUUUCGUGCUCACCCAAGCGGUCGACACUGAGGCUUUGAUGGACGGACAGUCAAACUCGUACUACAUGUCUGGAAAGUCGCGACAGAAGACUCACUUUGAGAGUAUUCUAUCACAAGUCAACGAGCGCAUUACUUCAUCUUCUGCAGAGGAACCUUCGAAGACAGUGCAGCCGACUUCAGUCAACGCGAUUCAUCACGAGAGGGGCAGGACCGUUACCAAAGAUACCACCGUCGCCUCAGCUGCAUCUCGUCUGAAUGUCGGAGCGAUCGAGAGUAUGGAAAGCUUCAUGAAGAAGAACAAGACCGAAAUCCGGCGUCUGAGCACCAUGCCAAGUCCCUUCCAGUUGGAGCAUCUUCAGAAGGCACUCUCUUCGAUGAACCCAAACGCUCUGGUUCCCAGCCACGGGGUGUCCGUGGGUAAGAUGCCUGGAUACGAUAGUGUCAUGUCGUUGGCCUCGCGGACAACUGGCUCCUCCAGAAAGAGCUCGUUCAGUGCAGCUUCCAGCGCAGGUUCUCUAACUCCAUAUCCCACAAUGCAAGGUCCUCCAACACCGCCCAGUGAUGCGAACAUGGCCUUACAAAUGAAACUCGUGGGACUGAACAGAAGACAGCGCACUCAGUCCACGACGUCCAUGCAUAACUUUCCGUCAGCCUCUGAGGUGAGGGAUUCGAGGAGGAAUAGGUCUGUCUCGGGCACUAGGAAUGCGUCGAGAGGACGGUCUUUGGACCACGGGCACGGGAGGGAACAAUCGGCUAGUAGGUUGUUGGCGUUCAAGUUGGGUGCUUUGUCUGAGCAAAAACGAUCAAUGACAGCCCCGACAUUUUAG